AUGGGGAGAACAAAAUUUUGGCUCUCACGCUAUAACACCUCUACCAUUGACACUCAUGUAAAACGUGUACACAGUGGGAUAGUGGACGUUUUUAGAGAUGAUGACCCACAAGCAACUGAUGCAGCCAGGGAAUAUAGAAGACUUGAAAGGUAACGUCAAUCUGGAUAUACAUGUUGCGAACUCUCAUGUUUUUAAAACUAUUUCAUAAUUGUGCGAUGUACUUCAAAUUCACAUUAUUUUCAACUGCUUAACAACAUUUAAAAAAAAUUAUAUUUAGUACUGGCGCUCUCCAUACAGCUUUGUUGUCAAAGACCUUGCCUCUCCAGAAGAAGACACAGGUUGAAAAAAUAGGAAAGCAUGAUAACGAAAGCCAUAAUGAUGAAAAGAGUACAGCAACCUCUUCUGGAAGUAACACCAAAUUACAAAGUUCUAUCGAAAACUGUGUAAAGAGUGCCCAAAUAGGCAGCCCGUUAAACAUAACAAAAACCGAUUUGGGAUCUCUAGCUAAAUUGGUCACAGAGAAUGUCUGUAAGAAUCUGACACAAGAAAAAACAAUGAGUAGGGACUAUCGAGAAUGUGCACCGGGGUCAAAAGCAGAAAAUAUCAACCAGCUUUUAUUUCUUGAGAAGGAUAUUGAAUUGGUUAAAGAAGGAGAAUCCUGCCUAAUUCGUUGUAAAAUAUGUAAAGAAUUUUUAGACUCUUCAAGUACUUCCUGCAACAUUUUAGCAGGGAAAAUUCGUGGAUCGCUGAGUAAAGGUUUAGAUUUAAAAAAAACUUUACCUCUGCAUGAAGAAGGGCACAAUGAAAGUUGGUUUAGGUUGAAGAAUAGGGCAAUUUCCCAUUUAUACUCCAGAGAAAACAAAACCCAUGUAGAUGCUUUGACCUGGUGGCACCAAACUCGUUCUGUAAGGAAACAAGAGAAACGUGUUGUUGAAAAUCUGGUAAGAACCGCUCUUGGCAUCGUUAAAAAGAAAUCUGCCGGUCAGGGGUGGAAAAAAUAUUUUUCUUUCUGGGAACCUGGGUCAAAGGCUAGAAAUGUUCUGUAAAAUUUGUAAUGUUACAAUUACAAAAAUAACAAAACAAAUGCAUAAUUAUUGUAUUAUAUUUGUGGUGUUACUCUGAGUGCAUAUCCACACCGGGCGAGCUUGAAAAAUAUGCCCGGCCACGGUGGGAUUCGAACCUACGACCUUUGGAAUACUAGCCCAAUGCUCUUCCAACUGAGCUACGCGGAGUACACUACACCAACACAGAAAAAAAUCAUAUUACUAGAAUACAUUGGUAUUGAAGGAACUAGAUUCUGUUCUGAAAUAUCACUUACUCGAACCGUCCUGACCGCGUAGCUCAGUUGGAGUACACUACACCAACACAGAAAAAAAUCAUAUUACUAGAAUACAUUGGUAUUGAAGGAACUAGAUUCUGUUCUGAAAUAUCACUUACUCGAACCGUCCUGACCGCGUAGCUCAGUUGGAAGUACACUACACCAACACAGAAAAAAAUCAUAUUACUAGAAUACAUUGGUAUUGAAGAGCAUUGGGCUAGUAUUCCAAAGGUCGUAGGUUCGAAUCCCACCGUGGCCGGGCAUAUUUUUCAAGCUCGCCUGGUGUGGAUAUGCACUCAGAGUAACACCACAAAUAUCAUAUUCACCUGAGUACACUACACCAACACAGAAAAAAUUAUUGUAUUAUUUGUACUUUAGUAAUAAUGGGCUUUAGGCUGGUUUUCGUACGCUUGUACAUCACAAUAGUUGUCUGUUAUAUACCACAGGUUAUGAGUUAUGACCAACUAGUAAGGAUCUUGAUUUUUUCUGUGUUGGUGUUAUGUAAUAAGGUGAAUAUGAUGUUUGUGAUGUUAUUCUGAGUGUAUAUCCACACCAGGCAAACUUGAAAAAUAUGCCUGGCCAUGGUGGGAAUCAAACUUAUAUGACCUUUGGAAUACUAGAUUACAUUGAUGUCGAAGGAACUAAACUCAGUUCCGAAAUAUCACAUAUUCGAACUGACCUGAUCGCGUAGCUCAGCUGGCAGAACAUCAUAGUAAGGAUCUAACGCAUGUCCUAUCAUCUUAUUUAUUCCGUCACUUUUAUUUGUUUACUAUUUAAUUUGCAGAGUAUAUAUUUACCAUUUUACCAGUCAUUGUGAUGACAGGGUGGGUAAAAGAAUUAAUUUCUGUCAAAUAUUUAAAAGCUGCUGAUGUUAGCGUGUACAGUAUAAAUAAAGUAGAAUAGUUGUAACUUGUAAGUUGAGUAAACAAGGUUAUCUCAAAAUGUUGAAAUAUUUUCUGGAAAAUUUUCUGCAAAACUCUCAACUCAAAAAAAUUUCUGGGAACCAGGUUCCCAGGUUCCGAUACUUUUUCCACGCCUGCUGCCGGUAUGCAUUACGAGACAGCUAUUGCAGAACUUUUUCUGCCGGGGCUGGCGUUGGAGAUUUUGGGCACGGAAGAAAACAGUUCAAUGAUAUUAUAAAAGUUGCUUGUGCAUAUAUCGAUCAGGAAUUGAAGAGGUUCCUUCUAGCACCACUUCCCAACACAGGAAUGCCACCACAUGUGUACAUUACUGCUGAUAAAAGCACGAACCAUUGGCUACAAAAUCAAAUAACAGUGAUUGUUGCAGUAGUGGAAGGGAAAAGAAAACCUAUUCCUCUCUCACCAAAGCCAGUAUACACCAACGCAGAAGGGACAGGGGGUAAUGCAACUGAACUUGCUGAGAAAAUAUAUGAAGAUAUAGAGGAACAUACUGGAAUCAGCAAAGAUUCUGAGCAGCUACUUCAAAUUUAA